AUGACCUUCAAACACGACGACUAUACUGUAGCAUGGAUCUGCGCUUUGCCGCUAGAGCUGGCAGCAGCACGACUCAUGCUAGAUGAGCUCCACUCCUCACUGCCCCAGCCAGAUACUGAUCACAAUGCUUAUAUACUCGGCAGCAUCAUUGGACACAACGUGGUCGUUGCAUGUCUCCCAUCAGGGGUUUACGGAACGACAUCUGCGGCGACUGUUCUCGCUCAGAUUCUGCCGACCUUUCCAUGUCUUCGAUUUGCGUUGAUGGUCGGUAUUGGGGGCGGUGUGCCAGGCAAGAAAGCAGAUAUUCGCCUAGGUGACGUGGUUGUCAGUAUACCAACAGCGACCGUGGGAGGGGUGGUCCAGUAUGACUACGGGAAGACACUCCGUGAUGGAUAUAUGCAGCGCACCGGAUCCCUCAACAAGCCACCGCAAUGUCUCCUUACAGCAGUGUCGCGAAUACGCUCUGAGUACUUGCUUGAAGAUUCUCCAAUCAAGCGAAUGUCAAUGGAAAUUCUUGAUAAGCAUCGGGCCAGCAGGCAAACCAUCCGCCCGGAUUACGACUGGCUAUUCAUGGCAAUAUAUGACCACACCAAUGGCCGACUGCUCCUCAUGCGAUAA